AGGAGAUGUGUCGGAAACAUGUCCGCAUUACUGCAUGCGCGCUUGCGGGUCACUAGCUGCUUGAUGUCGUCAGCGCAGGUGUCAGGUCUCCAGGACUGACGUCAGGGCAAAGGGGUGUUUUGGGCGAACCGGUCCCCUAUUUUGUUCGGAGAGACGUGUGAGGCAGCAUUGUGAACCGAAGAAAAUAAGGCUAUCAGUUCCACUUAGAUAACCUUUGGCAAUCAACGGAGUCCGUGCGAGUUGUGACCUUAGGGCUUGAACUUUCUAAUCACAUGACCAGCUUGUAAACUGACCUGCGAGGACGACUGCUGUAUCCCCGCGCAGAGGGAGAAAUUGGCAAUCGGGAUCAGGAGGUUUCCCGGCAGGCUGGGGACUGGCUCCGAGCAGAUCUCUUCAUGGCUGCGACGCAGCUUCCCGGCGCGUUUGGAGAGGCAUGAGAUGGAUGCAUGGGAAGAUGACCGGGUUGAUCUGCGAACCUGCCUUAUCUGUGGAGACAGAGCAACAGGUCUGCACUACGGUAUCAUCUCCUGCGAGGGCUGCAAGGGGUUUUUCAAGCGGAGCAUUUGCAACAGGCGGGUUUACAGAUGCAGUCGAGACAAGAACUGCGUGAUGUCACGCAAGCAGCGAAACAGAUGCCAGUACUGCCGGCUGCUCAAGUGCCUCCAGAUGGGGAUGAACCGGAAAGCAAUCAGAGAAGAUGGCAUGCCAGGAGGCAGGAACAAAAGUAUUGGACCUGUCCAGAUUUCAGAGGAGGAGAUUGAAAGAAUUAUGUCUGGACAAGAAUUUGAGGGAGAAGCAAACAUCUCUUGGAGCAACAAUGGAGACAGUGAUUACAGUUCCCCGGGCAAUGGAGUUUCCGAGAGCAACCAGCCAUCACCUGUUUCUACUCCAUCAUCAAGUAGGUCUGUGGAGCUGAAUGGAUUCACUGCACUCAGGGAUCAGUAUAUCGGGACGCCAGUGUCCAUGCACUAUCAGUACCUACCGCACCUUUUUAGCUAUUCUGCUCACUCAGCUCUGAUGCCCCCCCAGGCCCGAAGUCUAGAUCCCCAGUCACAUAGUCUUAUCAAUCAGCUAGUGUCAGCCGAGGACCUGGAACCGCUUGGCACUCCAAUGCUUAUCGAAGACGGGUAUAAAGUGACUCAGGCCGAGCUGUUUGCCUUGCUGUGUCGCCUGGCGGAUGAGUUGCUUUUCAGGCAGAUUGCUUGGAUUAAGAAGCUGCCGUUCUUCUGUGAACUCUCAAUCAAGGACUAUACUUGCCUGCUAAGUUCCACAUGGCAGGAGCUGAUUCUGCUGUCCUCACUGACGGUGUACAGCAAGCGGAUCUUUGGUGACCUUGCUGACGUGACCUCCAAGUACUCGCCCUCCGAUGACGAGCUGCACAGAUUCAGCGAAGAGGGGAUGGAGGUGAUGGAGCGGCUGAUCUACCUCUAUCGCAAGUUUAACCAGUUGAAAGUCAGCAACGAGGAGUAUGCAUGUAUGAAAGCCAUUAACUUUCUAAAUCAAGACAUUAGGGGCCUGACCAAUGCAUCCCAGCUGGAGCAGCUGAACAAACGGUAUUGGUACGUGUGCCAGGAUUUUACAGAGUACAAGUACCCGCAUCAGCCAAACCGGUUUCCGGAUCUCAUGAUGUGUUUGCCAGAGAUACGUUACAUUGCAGGAAAGAUGGUGAAUGUUCCCCUGGAGCAGCUGCCCCUCCUUUUUAAAGCCGUUCUACAUUCCUGCAAGACCAGCGUGAGCAAAAGACCAGAGUGAGCCCUCGUUUCCCCCAACCCGUGCCUUACUCCGGUGCUUCAGGCGGGGAGCUGGCUCACGCAGAGAAGAAGGGGGAAACCACAACGCAGGCAGGAGGGAGAGGCUGAGACAGGGCGGUGGGUGGCCCUGCCAUUGUAGCAAGAAUCGAUUUUUUUGUUUUGUUUCGUUUCGUUUCGUUUUGUUUUAAACUCUUUUCCUAUGUAUUUAUUUCACGACAGAGUUGAAUGUAUGAUCUUCAACACAGUGCACAUGGUUCUGUAUGGAUGCAGCAGAUGCAUUCUCUUGCAGUUUACAGAAUGUGAAGAUGUUUAAUGUUACAGUGUUUGUUAGGGUUAGUUCUUUUGUAUUUGGGGGGCUGGGGGCCGAGAUGACUAAGACUACCUCAAGGAGAAGAUGCUGUUCACAUACUGCUCUUUCCACGAUUUGUACCCAAAGUGUUUUGCCCUAGAGAGCAAACUGCCUCCCUUCGUUGGCAGCGCUGCUAGCAUCCCAAACGUUGGACAGGAGUGAGCAUUAGAGAAGUGCCAAGCUACGGAUGGGACAGAGGGAGCAGGGGGAGAGGUUAGCUGAUGAUGUGUUUUCAUCAGCAGGCUUGAAACGUGUCCCGUGAUGAACGGGGUCCCUCUGUAGCAUCCUGGGGCUGGGCAGGGUGCCCUGCCCAUGUUCCCCCUUCCUGGGCGAUGAAGAAUUGCCUGAAUUGUUCUCUUUCUCCUCCCCCUCCACCAGCUGUUACAUGAUUAUUUCUCACAUUAGUUUGUAGCAGCCUUCCCCCAGUAAAUCUCGCUGCAUGGGUGCACACCCAUUUUAGAGUCUCAGAAACACCCCUACAGUGCACUCUCCACAGCUGUGUCUGGCCCCGUGUUGAAUGAUGCCAGUGAAGAAGAAUCCCCAUUACAGCAGUUGCAAGAAGUUCACACCUGUGAGCGUGUAAACCUCUCCCACCACCUCUCCCUCUCACAAAUAAAGUCAGGGCAUGCGGCUACAGAGAGGAGGCUCCAGUCUCCUCAAACAUUGGUGCCCACUGAGCUGUGGGCAAUGUCCGGCUGGUGAUUCAUAGAUUGUAGAGGUGGAAGGGAUCCAAUGGAUCAUCGUGUCCAACCCCCCUGCCCUUGGCAGGAAAGAGGACUGAGGUCAGACGACCUCAGCCAGGUUUCAUAGUAGCUAGGGUCAGGAGGGACCUGAACAGAUCAUCUAGCCUGACCCCCUGCCACAGGCAGGAAUGAAUGCUGGGUUCACAAGACCCCAGACAGGUGAUCAUGUAACCUCUUUUUGAAUUUACCACUUCCCUAGCAUCCUUCAUCCUAAUAUCCUUCUGGCCACCCUAACUGUAAAAUAUUGCCUUCUGAUCUCUAACCUAAACCUAUUCUCCAUCAGCUUAUUAUCAUUGUUCCUCGUCACCCCAGGUGGUGCUGGGGAGAAAAGGGCUCUUCCUAUUUGCUGAUGAUCACCCUUGAUGAGUUCAUAGGCAGCCCCCAGGUCCCCCCUCAGCCUCCUCUUGCUAAGGCUGAACAGGUUCAGGUCCCUCAGUCUCUCCUCGUAGGGCCUGUCCUGAUGCCCUCUCACCAAGCGGGUGGCCAUGCUCUGGACCCUCUCCAGGCUGGCCACACCCCUCCUGAAGUGCGGCGCCCAGUACUGGAUGCACUACUCCAAGUGCGGCCUGACCAAUGUUGCAUAGAGGGGGUGGAUCACCUCUCUGGACCGGCUUGAGAUGCACCUUUGGAUGCACAACAAGGUGUGGCUGGCCUUGCUGGCUGCGGUCUGGCAUUGGUGGCUCAUGUUCAUCUUGGAGUCAAUAAUGAGUCCGAGAUCCCUUUCCGCCUCUGUGCUUUCAAGAGGGGAACUCCCCAGCCUGUAUGUGUGCUGUGGGUUCCUUCUCCCCAGGUGCAGCACCCUGCACUUGUCUGCGUCGAACCCCAUCCUGUUCUCAUCUGCCCACUUUUGUAGUCUGUCUAAAUCUAGUUGCAGCCUCUCUCUCCCUUCAAGUGUGCCCACCUCGCCCCACAUCUUAGUGUCAUCAGCAAACUUGGACAAUGUGCUUUCAACCCCCUCAUCCAAGUUGUUGAUGAAGAUGUUAAACAGUGCGGGCCCGAGGACUGAGCCCACUGCUCACAUCUCGCCAGGUUGAGUACAACCCGUCCACCACUGCUCUCUGGGUGCGCCCCAUCAGCCAGUUUUUACCCAUCCAACUGCAGGCAUCAAUGCCACAGUCACUUAAUUUAUUAAUGAGAAUGGGGUGAGAGAUGGUGUCAAAAGCCUUCUUAAAGUCUAGAAAGACUACAUCCAUGGCAACACCUCAUCCAAGGAUUUAGUUACCUGGUCAUAAAAGGCAGUCAGGUUGGUGAGGCAGGACCUGUCUUUGAACCCAUGCUGAUUGCCCCUGAGCAUGAUCUCCCCUGCCGGCCCCCACAGAUGUGCUCCUGGAUGAUCCUCUCCAAGAUCUUCCCGAGCACCGAGGUGAGGCUUACGGGCCUAUAGUUACUUGGGUCCUCCUUCCUCCCUUUCUUAAAAUGGGGAGUGACUGUCCAGCCUCCUCUUGAAGACCUCCAAGUUAGGUGAUAGGACCACCUCUCUUGGAAGCCCAUUCCAGACUCUGGCCACCCUUACUGUAAGACAUUUCUUCCUCGUGUCUAACCUAAAUCUACUCUCCACUAGUUUGCACCCAUUAUUCCUAGUUACUCCCCGGGGCGCUCUGGUAAACAGCACAUCCCCAAUUCCCUGCUGUCCUCCCCGAUAAAUUUAUAGGUGGCUACAAGGUCACCCCUCAGCCGUCUUUUGUAUAGGCUGAAGAGAUCUAGAUCUCUCAACCUCUCCUCGUAGGGUCUUUCACGGAGACCACUAACCAUAUGAUUGUUUCCCAUCUGUACCAUUGCACUGUUUGGAGGGGAGUUAAUAGGAAAAGCUGGCUGUUGGGGCAGCUCGUGGUAAAUCGCUUUGUCCUAAAUCUCCUAGCAUGAGGGUGUUUCACCCAGGAAUACUAGUCCAUUGCUGUGCACGUAACAGUGCUUUAAUGGCCAUUGUUUAGCUUGAUUAACCAACAGGUACGGCAGUCCGUUUAAGCGGGAUGCUCUGUGUGGCUUUCUCUGUCCAUACUGGUGCUGGUGGGGGUAGGGUUGCUUUCCCAAUUUCCUUCAUUAAUUAGGGAUCUGUGAAAAGCUCACUCAUUCUCCUAGGCAACCACGUUUGCCUUUUCUGGGCUUUCCACCCGGGGCCCUUGGCUGGCAGCUGUUUGGAAGGGACACGUUAGGCGAACGGGCAGAGUUGUGGAUGUAACGUACCCGCUGCUCUUAAACUACCUUGAGUUCCCCGGAAGCACCGUCGAGGGGCGGACGCCCCCUCGGAUGUCAUUGCUGCCCUGUCUGCCCAAGCACAAAGCGGGCAACCUCUUCCGAGACAAACCCUGCUCUGCCCUGAAGUACCGCAGCUACUGCUGGGCAAGAGCGGAUGGGGUGAACUGUAGGAACGUGUCGCUCGCUCAUCCUUCCCCCUGCACACACGUGCUACCUAUAAACCAGUGUGCACUCAUCCAGGAGCCACCCAAGAGUCACUGGAAGGCGCUAGCUUGGCACAUCUCUAAGUUAGUCCACGCUUGUUCAGGACCGGAAUAGGUGCUACCGGGCCCGGUCCCCAGCGUUUCUCUUCUGUUCAAACCCAUCUCUAGAGGCAAGCUAUUGACUCUGUGUCGACCCAAGGCAGUCCUGCUCUCUCUGUAAUUCUGCUUUGUGAAUCUUCCUACUUGAUGGUUUGUUUCCCUUGUUUUAAAUAGUCCACUAGCUGCUGAUUUUCACUUUUUAAAAAUAAGAUGUUACGGGUAAGAGCUGCUGGGAUCAGCAGCAGUCCAGUUUUAUAUUGCUUCAUGACUCUCAUUUACUUUCUCUCUGUACAAUGAGACAGGCACAUGUUUCUCAGGAAAGCCUUCUGCAUACAGUAUAUACCUCAAGUGUAAAUGGAAGAUUUUAGUGUAUCUCUUUAUUUGUAAGUUAGAAAGUAUCCUCAACAUUAACUUCCAUAGUCAAAUAAUUUCAUGUGAUACUUCUGUUACGGGUUAUCUUCUGGCUUGAUCGUAUGUUUUGGGAAUAGUUGAGCUGCACAGAACUACUGUUAUUCCACAGUUACUAGAUUAUUACCUCUUGAUGAAUAACGGGGCUGUUUAGCAGAUCUCCAUGCUAAAAAUAGACAUUUUAUUGCCAAGUAUUCAACCAAAACGCAUCUACUUGGUUAGUCCAUGUUUCUCCAAAAUGAAUUGACGCCCAAGGAAAAUGCUGCACAAGCAAAGGUUCGAUUGCAGACAUUGUUCAUGAUGAGGGAUGGAGGAAGGAUGCUGUACUUGCGGUUGUGUAAACCCAUGUUUAUAAAUGUUGAUUGGCAGCAGCAUCCAUUAGCCAUGAACCCAUUUAUCGCAGCGAGUGGAAAACCUGUGCUAAAAUUGAAGAGGCUGAUAUACCAAACCAGAACCUAACCCGUUGGACAGUCAUUAAUAUCUUCUGCACCAAGUCCUCUAAUGACUUGUAUUUUUUAAACAGGGUAAAGUGAAUGUGUUGCAUUGCAAACUCAGGUAUUAUGAUGAGAAGGUAGGAGUAGAGCUAGAGAUAUAGAGACGUUAGGUCAGUCACUAGAUGUAUUUGUGAAUUUGGUUUGAAGGACACUCUACAAAGGCUGGAAUUUCUGUACCAUCCUUCACGUAACAUUCGGUUUACAGGGACCUAUAUUUUAUUUGUGCUUAAUGCUAGUAGGGGGCUGUUCAUUAUCUUUGGGAUCUAUCUGCUAUUGUGUGUCUGACCUUCUGUCAUAGAAGAAUCCAUCAACCAUAAUAGUUUUUGGUGGAAUUUUCUGCCAUGACAAGUCAAUUUUUAUCCCUGGUUUGAAAGAUAGAUUGACUGACUGGCCCCCUCCUCUCCUCCUCGGUAUUUGUGAGGCUAUAGACCUGAAGAGUUGCUUGUAAUCCAGAUAGUUUUGGACACACAUUUGAAGUACUCGUGUGCACGUAUUCAGGGGGACGCUGUCUAGGCAUCAGUCUCGCAGUCUUACAACUUGCCACCCAACGCUUCCAGUCCUGUAAGCUUCCUGUAACAUCUUCUCUUUUCAAUUCCUCCAUUGCCAAGAAGCUGCUGCUCCCAGCAAAUAAUGAUAAUCUUUUGCUGAAGUAGUGAGACCAUUGCUUACGGUGCUGAAGGUAUUGGGCUCAAAUCCUAUGAAUGGCCUACUCGCCCCCUGAACCUGAUUGAAAGUCGAGUGAAGUCGAUGGGAGUCUCCGGGCUGGGGUCAAGCGGUGGAAGCUGCAGCCUUUGCCACUUGACCUGAGCAACCAGCUCUUUGUUAAAGAGAGCAAUUACACGUACCUAUUUGCUACUCUCGGGGCGCGUUUACACGUGACGCUGCAUGGCUGUAGCGCUGUGCUGUGGCAGCGCAGCAUCCACAGGUGUCUACACGUGAGCAGCAGCGACUUCGCCGUAGCGGCGUGCUCCCCCAUUGCAGUGCGCCGCUGCGGCGAAGUAGGUGCUAGAAAUAACCGUACGGCGCAGCGAGGCCGGUUCCUGCACCUUGCGUUAGUGCUUCCAAAAGUAAAUACUGACGCACGGCACAGUAACAACAUCACGAUUGGGCAAUGUGUAGAUGUGCCCUUGGGAUAGUAAAGCUCUGGCUGCGAUAAUCUUUUCAUCUCGUCCUGGCAGCCGUUGGACUAAACUUGCUUCUGAGUGACCAGAAUGCAGCUCUCCCCUUUUGCCCGUGUCUUCAGUGGCUGUUUUGUAAGUCCGUAAAGCCUGAUGAACAAGCCACAGCAUUUGAAAACUUCUCGGCUACCAGGUCGUUCCCAGACGGAGCCUGGCCGAGUUGUAGUUCUGAGCAGUCGUGUGAAAUACCCGCCCAUUUGAAAUCAUUGCAUUUUGAAAACCCAGCCCGACGAUGGGAAAACAGCCUGGCUGAGUCAGACUCGUUACCUCACGUGCACAAUUAGCAAGUCUCAUGAGGCUGCGGCUUUGGGCUGGACUCUGGGGAGAGCAGACCCUCUUGUAAGACUCUGCCGUCUCCCGUGUCCAGGUAGGGCAGUUCCCCGGGAGCAGCCUUUUCCCAGGGCUCUGGUGCACUUUUGCUUUCUAUCAGACCCGAAAAGUGCACAAAGCUGUGUGGAAAUGAGAAGCAAGAGGUCAGGGACGUGCUGAUGUUUCCGAGAUGCUCCUGCUACAAGUGGGAAUGGGUCAGGAGGGGUGAACGACGUCCUGCUCCGUUCCCAGCUCCCUAAACCUCCCUCCUGAACGUGCGCCCGAGUGCUGCUUGGGGCGCCUGGGGACAUACAGGUCUGACGCUGCGAAGCUGCUGGGCCGAGCGAGGAAUGGGAUUUAUCCAUAUCCCAAGCAGGAAUUUUGGAGGCCGCGGUCUGCCCUGUAUGUCUCCUCCUCCUGUCUCAUUGCCGCGCGCUGCUGCGAACAGGGAACUCUUCAGGCGUCCGCGCAGAGCAGUGACACAGCUGGUUUAGCUGAUCAGUUUGGAAAGUCCAGUCCUUCAAACCAAUCUAUAAAAAAUAAAACUAAAAUAAAAAAAAAAAAGACAACUCUCCCCCCCCAAAACUUGAAUUUCUUUUUAUCUUUAUUACUUUUUAAAAAGAACAAAAAAAAAAAAAAUCCCUCCUGUGAAUGUGCUGUUUGCUCGUUCAUUCAUUCUUUCUUCUUCCUUGGUUUUGAUUUGAAGCUAUGAAGCUCGGUGUCUGUGAAAAUGAUGUUAUUUCUGUAUUUCUCAGGAUAAUAAGCGGCAAUCAUCCCUGCCACGUAAAAGGCAGGAGAAGGGGGGAACUUGGGGAACUAGUUUUAAGUAUGAAGCUAAUGUUUAAGUUUUAGAUGAUGUGUAAAUCAAAGGUGACGAUACAUAACGGGGCAGCAUCAAGCCGCGGCGUUUCUCUGGGUUCUCGGUGCAUUGCUUGCGACGCACACAGAAGCUCAGGGAUAAGUAUUUAAAAUGUGACCCACAGAAACCCUAAUCUUGAUGUUGCAGCAGUAGCUUCUUUCAUGACUUGUUUGGAAGCCCAUUAAAACUGGAAUUGGCCACACCUGGAUUUGGGUAGGAAAGCCCUGGUUGCACGGGUUGGGAGUCGUGCCGUCAGCGACUUGAGCGCAGUCGCUCGCUAUAUAACCGUUCUCCUGAGCGCCGUGCCGAGCUCUCGGGCGUCCUGGACGUCCACCCGGUGGGAUGCAGCUCUCGGGGCAGCGUAGCGAGAGGAAAUGAAGCAGAUGUUGCGAGGACCCACCCUGUUUAAAACCCAGCGGAGGCCUCGCUGAUCCCAGUAAAUGCAAUGAAAUGCAAACCGCGAUCCCGUACGAGGAUCUCCCACCUGGCCAAGCCCGUUCCCACACCCCACACGGCUCACCAUGUGUCCGGGUGUAAAAAUAGGCAUAAAAUCCCUCCGCUGCCCAAGCUGGAUACCUCCUGGCAGGCUGUCCAGGGCCGUGCCGGCAUUGAAUCCGGCAGUGCUUCCACCUCCCAGGCUCGUGCUUCUUAAAUGAAACAAUUGCAGGAAAGGCAAACGUAGUCGUGAUGGCGAUGGACGCUGCUUUAAAAGCAGGGCUCCACGCCGGCCGCGCCGAGAGCCCGUCUGUCCCCCUGCUAGCCGUGAGUUGGGCUUUAAGUCAGCGCAGCACCUCUCCCUCCCUGCAGCUCUGCUAGGUGCAUUCAGGCUGCUAGAGACAUGUCCUGAACGGUGCACGUACAAAUGUCCGAGGGGAUCCAGAGCAGCCCCAGCCUGGGGACUAGGAUGGGUGACCGUCCCCCUCCCGAUGAGACCUGCAGGGAGCUGCAGUCUGGAGCUGAGCCAGCCCAUGCCGGCCGCUGGUCGUGGCGAUCCCACCACGGGCGCUGUCCCCGGCGCACCCGAACCCCCAGACUCGCUGUGCGGUGGUCCCAAACACGUCCAUGAAAGAAGCAACAUGGCAAGGUGGAAAAACCCACCGCCAAAGGCAGAAAGAAAGAAACAAAAAAAAAUACCAAACAAAUGACGAUCAACCUCAUCAAAGCCUUUUGUGAUUCAUUGUUUUCUUUCGAUUUAUAAAAUGUCUUGUAAUAGUUGAUAACAUUAUUGACUCAGUUUCCAUAACAAAACUACCUCUUGUGUGACAUCCUGUUUAUCAUCUCAAAGGGAUUAUGUGGGAAAAAAAACAACCCGAGUCCCGUUACUUUUUCUGUUGAUGUGUUUCUGUUGGUUACCGCCGGGUUUCUGAGCCCGUCCGGUGGCGACAGCAGCAUUUGGGUGACGUUUUCCAAGUGGGUUGGCCAGCCGGCCUCGGCGUGUUGAGCUGCUCGGGCUGUGCUGGACUGACCGGGCUUCACCUAGCCCGUGCCCCACUUUGGGAUUUGCCCCGGCCUCUCCCAACAGGGCUUUGCCUGGACCCAGGCCCAGCGUUUCCCUCCAGUCGCCAAGCAUGAGCCGGAGGAUGCACGCAUCGUUUUUGCUAGCAAAUUUGAAUGUCCUCUGGCUGGCACCUCUGAAACGGUAAGGUGGAGAUGCAUGCCGGUUCUGCUAGCGAGACGUUGGUAGGCAGGGGUUUCCUCGGGCCUUGUGGACACGUGCUCAUAGCUGGAGGAGAAAACCAGGCCGGACACCUUGCCUGCUAGCCUGGUCCCUGUGCGUGCACAUGCGUGCGGCACAUCUGCAGGCAGUCGGCCCCGCACGCCGGGCUCGCUCGCGGCGUCUGUCCGCAGACGUUGCGCACCCUUGUUCAGUCCAGCACAGCAACAACCCUCCUUUUCCCCAUGAUCCCUUGCAUAAAUCAGGGAAGCAGGAUGUCACCUCGACAUAACUAAUAGUGAACGUUUAGCUGUUAUGUUUAACAUGCUUGGAGCUGGAGCACCGACAGGUCGUGACACGGCUGCCGCUGCUGCUGUCUCCCACCAUAGACGCUGGCUGCACCUCGCGGGGGGCCGAACACGCCUGGCGUCUCGGGAGCCGUGUUCCCCGUCACUACACUAUGACCAAAUGAAUGUUUCUCCUCGCGUGUCCCACGCGUGCCAUGGGGCCCGGCCCUCCCCGCCCUGCCGGUGGGACCUCGCGCAGGCCCCGUGAGUCCGGCCUGUCUCUGCUCCACUGCUCUGCUCUGUGACUUGACUACCUGUGGAAAUGUGACCAAUAAGUGUUAAACGCAUGUUUAGCAAGUGUUAGCUGUUUGAACUAAUAAAUGUGAAUUGUUCUGCA